AGCAAUAUAUAAUAUGGCAGAACGAAAAAGCUUGGGCAACUUUGAAUUUCCAGAAACAGAUGUAACCUUACUUGUAGAAGAUCAGAAAAUCCACGUUAACAAAGCUGUCCUCUCUCAGCAUUCGCCAGUAUUUAAUACCAUGUUUUCUGGUAGUUUUAAGGAAAGCAAGGCAAGGGAAAUAACUCUUUCCAACAAAAAGGCUAAAGAUGUAAUUGAGUUUCUCAGAUGUUUUUAUCCAAACAUGGAGUAUGCAAUAACAGGGCACAAUGUACUACAAGUACUUCCUUUGGCACACGAAUACCAGUCUCCUCUUGUUGCUGAUUGUGAGGAGUUUAUGAUAAGCCAAUGUGAUCCGGGAACAGACAUAACGGUUGACAUACUAUUGGAUUACAUCCUAGCAGCCGAAAAAUAUGACCUUACAACGUUACUUGACACCGCAGUGAAAUUUUGUUCCCGUGUAGAUUUUGAUCAUCUGCAAGGAAAGACGAUUGAAAGAAAAUAUAGGGGGUCUUCCAAGUGGGUCUAUGAUGUGCAGGAGACGGAACACAUUUCUUCAAAAUUUUCAAAAAUAAAUAUUAAAACCCAGCUUGCGAUUUCAGUCAAAAGACUUCAAGUUCUUGAAAUGAAUAAAAGAAAAUCGAAAAAAAAUGAAGAAACUGAAGAAGAUUAUGUUUUAAUGUUAUCAUAACUUACUCAAAUGUAUAAUACGUAUUGUAAUACUAGUAAAUGUACCCG